AUGGACAGACAACUAAUUAUUUCCGUAAUAGGCGAGAGCAACGCGCGACCGCACAUUGCUGCGCUAGCUGAGCAGGUCGGCAUUGAGCUUGCCAAUCGCGGUGUCACGAUCGUGUGUGGCGGCCUUGGCGGCGUGAUGGAGGCGGCUUGCAGGGGCGCGAAGUCGGCAGGCGGCACGACUAUAGGCAUCAUGCCGGGCGACAAUCCGCUUACUGCCAACGACUACAUAGAUGUCCCCAUAAUUACCGGCAUCGGCUACGCGCGCAAUUCCGUCGUGGUCAAGACGGGAAUGGCGGCUGUGGCGGUUGGCGGCGCGUAUGGCACGCUUUCCGAGAUAGGGCAUGCGCUUGGAGAUGGAAUACCCGUCGUGGGGCUGGAGACAUGGGAAAUGACGCGCAGCCGUGAGCCAGCCGACAGCGCCAUCAUUCGUGCCGUGGACGCUGCCGAUGCCGCUGAGAAAGCGAUCGCCGCCGCAAAGCAGCGACUGGCAGAUAUUGCCGCAGGCAGAUCGACCAUGCCUGAGAUAUAUAACAGAUGA